AAUGACCGACUUCUUUUCAAUGUAAUGGCAGCUGUCGACUCACCUCAUCUGCUAGACUACAUAUUCAUAGUCGGUCCCACCACUGAAGAAGGCAGGGGACCCACUGCCGGCUCUCCUAUCAGUCCCAGCUCAACCAAACUCCCUCCUGCUGACUGGCAUAAUGUCAGACAGGCUAAACCAGGCAUAAUAUGGCGUCACCCACUGAAUGAUAUACCCCAGAGACCACUGCCUAGCAAUAUUACAUAUUUCUGUCAGCCAGAGGAAGAUGGCUGCCCUCCUGACUCAGUCUCUCCUAUCUCUACAGCCUCUUCAUCUCAUCUGUCUUCAUUAGACUCCAAUGCGAGCACAACUACUCAUUACUUUAUGCUCACUAACACGGAGACUAACAUACGCACGUACGGGGUCUGUGUCACCUUUCCAUACCUUACCGAUAACCUCCUGAGGGCUCAGUCUCCUAACUGGGUAUCAAGAUCCGAGUCUGAGUCCUUAGUUGGGAUACAGGAAUGGGGUCUCCUGAGUGUCUGCAUCCUAUCCUUGCAGGACAAUUAUCAGUUCUUUGAGAAGGUCCUGCACACUUUCAUUCAUUUUGUUGAUCUCUAUUGCGGCGAUAAGCUCAGUUGGGAGCUUCUCAUUCGCUCGCAUUUCCAUCCUUCAUCCUCUGACAUGACGGCCCCCAUAAAGGAGGUUACCGACUGGGUGGAGUCUCUCGUUGUUCUUCCUGUUCCGAGACGCGGUAUUGAAUUGAUGGAGGUAGAGCUUGAGGUUGAUCCCGCUGUCCUUGUUGGGUACCCUCCAUCUUCUCGCCUUCCGUUUGUUGAUCUUCCCAUUCAUUAUGUAUUGCAAAGACUAGACAUUCAUUUAGUCAUUGAAAUAUACAAGCUGCUUCUAUUGGAGCACAAGGUGAUUAUUCAUUCUCAAGACUAUGCCUUUGCUUCUCGUUGUGUUAUAACAAUCCUGAGUCUUCUUUAUCCGCUCCAGUAUCUGUUCCCUGUCAUACCCCUCCUGCCCACUUCACUACCAAGCGCAGAGAAUCUCUUGCUUGUCCCCACUCCUUUCUUCAUUGGAGUUCCUUCUUCUUUUGUAAAGAAAAUCAACAUGACUCACAGGAUGGAGACCUGGAUUGUUGAUCUUGACAACAGAAAGUUGGAGUCUCCCAUUCAUCAGGACAUUGACCUCCUGGAGAAGUUUCCAGUUACUUUAUUGCAGCUCCAGGCUGACCUAAGACAGGCACUGGACAAAAUGGAAGAAGUUGAGAAAUCCUCUCACAGCAUUGCUGACCUUACCAGACUAAAAGAUGAGACUGACGUCUUAAUAAGAGUCGCUUUCAUUGAGUUCCUGUUGGGUCCUGAAAUGCUUGGCUGCAUAGACAACCACUUGACUAUAUACAGACUGUUCCCUCGCCCUGUGGUUGACCUAAGGCUGGAAUCAUUCCUUGCUGCCUAUGUUAAGAAGACUAAGAUCCGUGACAUUGAAUUUAUUUCAAAUUUCAUUAAAUCACAGAGUGUUGAGUAUUUUAUGGAAUGGGUCCUAAAUCCAUCAAACAAAGCAUUUGAAGAGAUUAGGAAAGGAUUCUGUGAAAUUGAGCGAAUCGGUGACAAACUUUGCUGGUGGGUUGACAAGGUAUCUCCUGCUCGGCUACAGUACACACUCUAUCAGCCUGACUGCGAUGAGUCUGUCCUUUAUCAAGAGAUGCUCCAUCACAAAGCCUGGCAGAUACCAACUAAUAAUACAAUGUCUAGGAAUUAUUUCUCCAGCGAUGAUGAGAGCGAUGAGAGCGAUGAUGAAGAAGGGGCCAAUCAUUAUCGGCAUGACGGGACUGAUAUCUCUUAUGAUUCUGAUGUUAGCUCUGAUUCAGCGAUUCGUGGCUGUGUUGCCCCUGAAAUGAAAGAUAUAGCGAUCGAUAUCCAUCCUUCCAUCACAAUAACUUGUUCUACUCCUUCUCCUGUUGCUGUUGGAGCUGGUUCCUCUAAUGAAGUCUACCUGUCGUUAGUUAAAACACCGUCAAAGUUUGAUCACGUCCCAUUACCUCCUGAGAAUAAGCAGCCAGUAUUGAGUGAUCCCGUGUUAAGGUCUGAUCCUCUUAUCAUGCCUGAUUCAGUUAUAAGCUUUGAUCCUGGGAUGUUGCCUGAUUUUGAUUUAAUGCAUGAACCUCUGACACCUGAUCACAUUUCUGCCCUAACACUUGAUUCUGAUCCUUUGUCAAAAGUUAAUCGUGAUUCAGCUAACACUGGUGUAGAGAUGAAUGGAGUUUUUGAGCCUCCUACUGAUAGUGCUACUGAUAAUGUCUCACUAUUGACAUCACCAAUAAAUGUGGCUGAUUCACACAACAGCACUGACUCCAGUUAUAAUUUAUCAAUGACUCUCUCACCUCUCCCUAUUCAUCGUCAUUUCUCUGGCCAUAAGACCAAGAGAAGACACAGCAGUCCAAGUAGCCCUGAGCCGGAGACAGGGGGCCUCCCCAGAGUCGGGUCUUGGAUGAAUCUGAGAGGUCCACUCAUUGAAAUGAUGCAGUUUUCAAGUGGCGGCUCUGCUGGUACUGAGCAAGAGUCUCCUACAGUGAAAGACCCUAAGAAGCACUCGUCAUCUAAUGUGGUCCGCUCUGUCCCAUGGUCUGCUGUUUCUAGCCUUCAUGAGCUUGAGACUCAAAUUAAAGACAUUGUGUGUCGAGUGGGAGCUGGUCAGGGUCUCCCUUGGCCCAAAUCUGUUGCUCUAAAGACGAUAGCAUCGGAGGAGAGGAGCCGCGUUGCUUUACUCCGUCUCCUGGAGCUCAGAUUGGGUAUUCGUCAGCAAAAUAAUCUACUGUUAUCAGCUAAUGGUGAAAUAGUACCAAUAAUUGUCAGUAGAGCAGUCUAUAAAGGUGUUCUGGAUCUAUUAAAGUACAUCAUUCAACCAAUAGAGGCAUCUCUCCAGGCUGACAUUGACACGCCCAUAUUCUCAUUGUUCCUUGUACUGAGAUUAGCACUGUGCCUAUGCACUGACCUCAGCCGAAAAAGGUCACCUUUAAAAUCAACCGAAAACGAGUUAAACGGACACAGGACCCCCUCACCACUUCCCCCACCCAGUCCUAAUCUAAGGACUCGUCGGUCUCUCCCCACCUCCUCCUCAUCUUCCCUUCCUCUUAAAGACCUGAGCUAUCCAGGAGCUGUCGAUGAUAAUAGCAAUGGAUUCAAAGUAGCAGAAUCAAAUUUAUCAGUAUCCGAUGAUCGUAAGAGAGUGAGGGCGUACGACCCGGUAUUGCUUGGAGGAGACUCAGAGAGAGAGACUGAACACGUGGAGGAUCAUGAGUUGCAGUAUUUACAUGUUGAUCUGCUUAGAGCAUUCAGUAGUGCAAUGAAAGGGAUUGUCGUGAGGAGACAGUUCUGGAAUAGUUUGUUUUCGGCGGUUGUACAAGCUGAUAGGAAGUAUUUAGGUUGGAAUGAGAAGACAAGCGAAUUAUACGACAGGUAUAAUUCUCUCCCUUGCUCAAGUCGACUGAAUUUUGGAUAUGAAGAGGACACACUGCUCAGUAUUGUAUUACAUAACGUACUAGUAUUCCUACUGAUGAUUGGUAUCAGUCCUAAGGAGACUAUGGACGUGUGUCAUCGAAUAUCAGCUCGAACUCGACUGGCAACUGCCGAGGAGAAGCUCCUUCAAGAGACAAUGUCCGAACUUGAGAAUGCUGAUUCUAAUGGUGUUAAUAUAAAGAACCUUGCUGUAUUGGCUUUGUUUAGUGAGAGACAUCCUAUCAUCACUUACGUAGUGCAUCAUGGCAUCAGCGUCACUGCCCCAAUCUUCAAACUACAGGUAACUGAUGAAGUCUGCAUAUUAAGGAGGUUUCCUGACGAAAGGAUAACUUGUAGAUUUUGGAAUGAUCACAUUUUGAAUAUUGAUAUUGAUGAGUCUCGUCUUACUAUUAGUUUCCUGUAUAAGGAAGGGUCCAGUGAGUAUUGGCAACACUUUCAUUCAAAACAAUAUCAUGAGAUAUACCAGUGCCUGCAAGUAAUGGUCUACAAGUCAAAAACUAAUUAAAUCUUCAAUUAUUUUCUCAUUAUGUUUCAUUCAUACUUUUGUAAUCAUAUUAUUAUUAUUCAGCAAUUUAUUUUUUGUCAUCAUUGUGCUUGCACAUAUACAUGUAGGUACAUUUUUUAAUUCCAGAAAAUUAGCAAAAUUUAAACUCAUUUUUCUUGAGUUUUUAAAUACAAAAAAUGCUAUCUUCUGUAAUCUUA